CCACUGAAGAAGAAGAAGACUUCCUACUGCAAAGCAUUUUGGUACACUUCCAAAUCAUUCUGCUAUGUUGUAGCUAGUUAGCGAGUAAUUUAGCUAGGUUUUAGAGACACAAGCAGUUAUUUUGUGUCCUUUCUUGAAAUUAUAUCGAUAGUGCUACACUUCUAUAUGUACAAAACUCAUUGACGGGCUGAAAUUCAACAAACAUCGGUAUGGCGGAGGGUGCCGGUAACGCAUUGAAUCUUCCCUCCGGAGAUCCGCAGCUCAUCGGGCUCAUCGUCGAACAUCUCAAGAACCGAGGCCUGUUCGACGAGUUCCGCAGAGACUGCCUGGCAGAUGUGGAUACAAAGGUAGCUAUCUAGCUUUCAACUUUUUCUGACUAGCUAUCAACGUUCCUUUAAGCCUGCUAGUUAGCUAACGUUAGCUAGCAAACUAGUUCAUUCUUUAUUUUUGUCCCAACUUGUUGUUUUUAGCUUAACUAAUUAGCUAGCCAGCUGUUGGAAAUGUUGCAGCUAUUGAUCAAUGGUUAACGUAAAUGAUGUGCUUCUGUCAUUGUUGUCAUCAUCAGCCUGCCUACCAGAAUCUGCGACAGAAAGUUGACAACUUCGUCUCCACUCAUUUGAACACUCAAGACUGGAACCCAUCAAUCAACAAAAAUCAAGUGCGAAAUGUGCUAAGACAAAGCGUCGUGCAGUGAGUAGUUACAUCAUAUAUGAUUGUAGUUCUGCUUGUAAAUGUCUAAUGCAUUGUAAUUGUUGACAGUACACAUAACAAUUAAAUCACUUUUUUCUCUCAAGCCAAAGACAGCGCAAUCUGCACAUGAAUGGUUAAACUCAUGUCCCCAGUCUGGAUUGCAAUAGGUGCAAUCAGGUGUUCCCGCUGAUGCCAGUAUAUGUGACAGUCAAUGUAUUGUCUCUGUGGUGUGUCAGGUCAGGCAUGCUGGAGUCCGGAGUGGACAGAAUCAUCACCCAGGUGGUGGAUCCCAAGCUGAAUCACACUUUCAGGCCCCACAUUGAGGAUGCCAUUCACGACUUCCUGUCUGCUGAGAAGAAGGAGGAUGAUCCAUCCAACACUCCAUCAGAGACAGAACAGCAAGAGGCUCCAAGCCACACUGGACCCAAAACACCAUGAGGUCAGUGUGUCACACCUGUGGUCAAGAGUGCGGAAAUCAACAUAAAACAUACAAAUCAUGGGAAAAUCUAGGGGUAUUGAACUAUAAUCCUUCAGAAUGUUUCAGGUUUUCAGUUUGUCAUUUCUCCUUUUACUUCAGGUGCAGAGAAACGUCUUCUGCGAAAGGUAGACUUUUCUAGAGCUCCAUCAGGCUGGACAAGGAACUCCAACUUCAAAAACUACUGUGGAGGAAUCAUGGCGCAAGGGCUUUGUAAGAGGUUUUCACAACUCUUAGUCGUUCUUCAUGUGGAGAAACCAAGCCAUGGAUUUGAGCUGUCAAUGCUGGACAUGCAUACCAAGUCACAGGAGGAAUCGUGCAAAUGACACUUUGUGUAGCUAGCACAAUGGGUUAAAUAUGCCAUCUAUUACUUCCAGAUAAAAUUGUACAAAUUGCUCUGAUUUAAAUUACAUUUGUGGUUAUUGAAUUAAAAAUAGAAUGGUCACUUAUUUCUUAAAAGCCAGAAGUAGCCAUUGUUCGUAAUGUUUGCUAACUAUUUUUUUUCCCUCAGUGUUUUGCCACUUUUUUUGUGAAUUUUGUAAAUAAAUGUUUUCAACAAAUUCAUUAUUUGGUAGAAAUGUUUACACUGCCCUGUCAUUUUUAAACUGGGUCAAUAGAAAAUGUGCUGUACUGGCCAUGUUAAGAGUUCAUUGCUGAGUUAGCCUAGAUUAAAUGAUCCAUACCUCUGCUACAUUUGCCUAUAUUCUU